AUGAAAGAAAAUCACAAGAUAUCCUUCUAUUUCAAGCCCGCAGAGUCUUCUUCAGAGCCACACCCUGUAGCCGGCGUGAAACGGCCCAGCAUCAAAGAUGGGCCCGGCUCUUCGUCACCACUGACUUCUUGCCCGCCAGACCUCUCAUCCCCCGUCCAGCUUACCUCUUCUCUCUCAGAGCCCAAGCAGGAGCAGGUUAUACUGCAAGAUCGCUCAAGGAAUGAUAGCUCUGGUGCUGCCGAGACAAGCCAUCGCCAGCACACUCCCAUGGAUGAGCCAGCUGCCUCGUCGUUCACCACUGUUCCCGGCUCCCAGCGGGUGUUCAAAGACGGGCAGAUUGUGAUCACAGCAUCUGACGACGAUGAUGAUGACUACUCUAUUAAUUCAAUUGCCAUCUCUACGGAUGAGCUGCUGGCUAAGUUCUUGGGCACCUCGGGCCAGAAUGAAGAAGGCUCAGAUACAGACAUGUCUGGUUCAAAGGGCCGGAAGGGCUCGAGGGCCAAACCUAAGCCCAAGUCCAAGGAAGCCCAGACAGCAACGGCCAGAACAACACAUAAGUUCUCCCUAGAUGACCUCGUAGCAGAUGCCAUGCACGACAAGGAGAGAGAGGCCCAGGUGUCGGCUGCAAAAGUGCUCAUCCAGGAAUCCAUGGGCAAAUACAAAACCAAGGGCAAGAACCCCGCUGAUAAAGAUGAUAUAUAUGCCUCUUUAGUUUCAGAUGCCUCGGAUCCAGUUGCUGUUCGGCGACUGAAGGAUGCAGUGUUGCGGACAGAGGCCCUUCGACAAGGCAUAAGUUGGUCCUUCUUUCGCUAUGAUCCGCCAACAGUCGAUGUUGAGCCUUUCCCAAUCUUGUCAGUAGAUCCUGAGUCUUGGGAGGGUAUCCUCAGAGAACCUUCUUCUCGUGAUAGAGCGUUUCUAUCAGGUGUGGUUGGGGAAGUGCUAAAAUACAUGCCCUUACAGAAUGAUGUUUUACUCUGGAUUCUACAGUCAGUGGCUACGGAACCACGAGAUGAACUUCGGUUUGCAUAUAUCAGUACUCUUCAGGUUUCUCCUGAAUAUCUAAUAGCUUCUCUCGUCCAACCUUCGCAUAUUGAUCGCUUGUUUGCAACGUUGGGGGCGAAAAGUAGCGCACUAGAUGCUUCAGAGCCUCUAGUGCCUGAUACUCGUAAUGUUGAUGAAGAAGAGUCAUCACCCCCCAUAGACAGGAAAUAUUUAUUAUCUGUUUUAGCACUGCUUUCCAACGUAGCUGAAAAACUAAAUGCUUUGACUCGUGAACAUACGUUGAAGAUCCUAUUUCGCUUAGCGCUCGACGAAACUGUCAUGAAUGAUGGAGCGGUCUGUGCUGAGGCACGACGAGCAAUUCCUGCGUUAUUCGGCCAGUCAAGAUCUUCUGCUCUACCAGAGGCUAACGCCCACGAGUUGGCCCAAAAUACAUAUCAAACAAUCAAAGACACAACUCUCCAAUGUCUUCUUCUUAGAAAUAUACCCCCAAUAACCCCAGAGAUUGCCCUGUUCAGGUGUCGUCUGGCAUCCACCUUUCUGUUCAUGGAUAGCUCGCCACUCGAUAAGUCGGACGCUGAGUUGAUCAAUCUACGGAAAAUCAGCUCACAAUUGAAAGGUGAACGAUUUAAAGUUAACGAACAUCGGCCUGAAGACAAGGAGCCAUUUGACUUUGCCAGCUUAGCUGCUUUAACCACAAUACUUGACGUUGCGAUUGACUCAGGGACCCUACAGCGUUCUUUCUUAGAUAGGGAGGAGGAGAUUGAAUUCAAUAAACAGGUCGAUAAACUUGCAGAUCGAGUGAAGGCUAUAUUUACUGCUAUUCAGGAUUCUGGUGCCUCACAUAUGAAACGCACUGAGGCCAAGGAAAGCCUGCAAGCACUUCAUUAUCGGCUUGUCUAUACUGUGAGGACUAAGCCUGUCCUGAAGAAGUCCUAUUUUGUUUCCUCGAAUGACGAUGACUCCGCCGGUGGUAGUGGAAAGAGGGAUAUUUUGGAAAAGUUUCUCGGAGUCAGAUAA